AUAAUGUUCUAAACCAAUAAAAUAUAUUAAAUUCCACAUAAUAAUAGAGAAAUAAGGCUCAUAAAGUCGUAAAUAUAAAUAACAUGAUGUCAGCAGCCUCCCUCCACGUUGGGUUUGUUAUGGUGUGACAGAUUCACUCUCACUUGUUCAGGAUUUAGUUCAUAAUUAGAAAUGCCACCCAAAAAAGCGGCAGCGCCUGAGCCCCGGCCUCUGAUUGGCCGUGUGGGAACAAAUCUGAAAGUGGGCAUUGUUGGUCUGCCAAACGUUGGCAAGUCGACCUUUUUCAACGUCCUCACCAAAUCAUCGGCUCAAGCUGAGAACUUCCCUUUUUGCACCAUUGAUCCAAAUGAAAGUAGGGUUCCUGUACCAGACGAAAGAUUUGACUACUUGUGUGAGUUCCACAAACCUGCCAGCAAAGUUCCUGCAUUCCUGAACGUGACUGAUAUUGCUGGUCUAGUAAAAGGUGCAGCCGAGGGACAAGGCCUGGGAAAUGCUUUCCUCUCUCAUAUCAAGGCCUGCGAUGCUCUCUUUCAUCUCACUCGGGCAUUUGAAGACGAUGAUGUUACCCAUGUGGAGGGUGAUGUUAAUCCUGUCCGUGACCUGGAAAUCAUUCUUGAUGAACUGCGAUUAAAGGACAUCGAGUAUAUUGAGACUGUGUACGAUAAGCUAUUUAAAUUAGUAGAACGAGGAGGGGACAAGAAGCUGAAGCCUGAAUUUGAUUGUGUGUGCAAGGUCAAAAAUCUCUUGCAGGAGGAGAAGAAACAUGUACGAUUUGCUGAAUGGGAUGUCAAAGAGAUUGAUGUGUUAAAUAAGCACUUGCUUAUAACCAGUAAACCCAUGAUCUACCUGGUCAACUUGUCUGAAAAGGACUACAUUAGGAAAAAAAAUAAAUGGCUGGUGAAGAUUAAGGAGUGGAUCGACGCUAACGACUCCGGGGCCAUCCUCAUCCCAUUCUCAGGGGCCUUGGAGCUGAGACUGGCUGAGAUGGAGCCAGAGGCACGGGCCCAGUACCUCAAGGACAACGGGAUUACCAGCGCCUUGGACAAGAUCAUCGUGCAGGGAUACAAGGCCCUCCAGCUCAUGUACUUCUUUACAGCCGGACCCGACGAAUGUAAAGCAUGGACCAUACAGAAAGGUACCAAAGCGCCCCAGGCAGCCGGUAAGAUCCACACCGAUUUUGAGAAAGGUUUUGUUAUGGCAGAAGUUAUGAAAUUCGACGACUUCAAAGAGGAAGGUUCUGAAGCAGCCUGCAAGGCUGCUGGAAAAUACCACCAACGAGGCCGCAACUAUAUAGUAGAAGAUGGCGACAUUAUAUUCUUCAAAUUCAAUACUGGUGGCCUCAAGAAGAAAUGAGAUAGAGCAUUGCUAGUGCUUCUGGUGGUAUUUUAUGUCCAAAUGGUUGCAGUGUUUAUUUGCACACAUUUGUGAUCUCCCAAGUAAACUCUUCUUCAGCAUAA